AUGAAUGACUUUUAUGGUUUAGAGGUAAUGAGAUUUAUUCCAAGAGCAAAUAGUCGUCAUCUUUCGGAUGAUGAGAUAAAAUCAAAAAUUUCACAAAUUAAAACAGAAGCAAAAGCUGGAAUAUCUAUAAAAUUAACUAGUCCUCGAGUUUUUUCAAAUUUAUUCAAUGGAAAAUAUAAAAAUGUUGUUGUUGGAUUAGCACCUGGUCCUGCUCCAGAUAGCCAACAUAUUUAUAUGGGGCAUAUUGAUAUGAAAUGUGAAAUAAGAUGUAAUAAAGAGUUAUUACCAUUUUCUAGAAUAGUAAAUACUUUAACAAAUAAUCAAAAAAGUUCAGAAGCAAUAUUAUUGUAUGAAAGAUUAAGGUCAACACAAUUACAUGGAAUUAAUGAAUAUCAUGUUUCAAAGGAUGAAAAAAUUAUGUUAUUACUAGCUGGAGGGGAUGUUCUACAAUUUGAUGGUAAUGAUAUAAUUAAUAGGAGUGAAAAAAUAUCCAAACCUAUUGUUAGAGCAAGAUUAGCUCCGUCUGAUCCAAGAUUUAUAGCUAUGACAGAGGGAAAAGAAAUUUAUGUUUUUGAUAAAAAUAAAUUAAUUUAUGUUUCUAAAUCAGAAUCAAAAUAUAUUUACAAUGGUGUUUCAGCUAAUGUUAUUCAAGAAGAAUUAGAAAGAUAUGAAGGAUUUUGGUGGAGUCCAGUAAAUCCUUAUUUGUUAUAUGAAGAAGUUGAUGAACGUGAUGUAUCAACGACGACUUUAUCAAAUUCAGAUGACUCUGAAGUUACCAUAUUAAAAUAUCCUUUUGUAAACACUUCAAAUCCAAUAAGUAGUUUAAGUCUUUUGAUGUUAGAAAAAAAUUUAGAAACAGAAAAUUAUAUAUAUCAUAUAAAAAAAGUAUCAAAUCAAAAUCUUAAAUUAUUUUGGCCUUGGUUUGAAUAUAUUGCUAAAAUUGGUUGGACACCUGAUGGUAAAUAUAUAUAUCUUCAACUAUUAGAUCGACUUCAAACCAUAUCUUCUCUUGUUUUAAUUUCUAUAAAUGCAUUUGAUAAUUUUGAAACUGCUGUUUUAAAUAAAGAAAUUUUUGAAAUUGUUAAAAUAGAAGGUAAUCCAUGGAUUAAUAAGAAGAAAACUUUCACCAUUUAUUUAUUAAAAAAAUCUAUUAAUCUUACAUAUGAGGACAAUAAUAAAUUUUGUAUUAUUAAAGAUAUACCUAUAUAUGUUGAUCAAAAACGUGGAAAUAUAUUUUUUGUGGCUAAUUACAAUGAACCUGGUACACAUCAAUUAUGUUACACAAGUUAUAUUAAUGAAAAUAGUCCUAUAAUACAAAUUACUCCAAAUGAUCGUUCUGUAAAAUAUGAUCGAAGUACAUUAACAUUAGAUAUUAAUUGUGAUCUUGGAUUUGCUGUAAAUAUUAGUAGUAUUACUGUUCGUCCAAAAUUAGUCUUUUUUAAAUGUUCAGAUAAUAUUAAUGGAGAUUUUAUUAUAGAACAAGGUCCAGAUAUAAUUCAUAAUGAUUCAGUAUCUAUUACACCAUAUGUUCAUAAUAGUAAUAUUGUAAUACCACAAAUGUAUAAAUAUUUUUCAAAACAAGCUGGACAUGAUUUAUAUGGUUGUGUAUUUUUACCAAAAUGUGUAGAUGAAUAUGAUUCUGUAAAAUAUCCUGUACUUCAGUAUGUAUAUAAUGGUCCAUGUGCUCAACUUGUACAAAAUAAUUGGGAUCUUACAGCAAAAUUUCAAAUGUAUCUAACUCAUAAUAUAGCAGUGGUAGUUGUUGAUGGAAGAGGAAGUGCUAAUCGUGGUAAAGAUUUUGAAAGUUGCAUUCAUAAAAAUUUUGGGACUGUUGAAGUUGAAGAUCAAAUUGAAUAUCUUCGAGUAGUAAAUCAAAAUGUUGCUAAUAAUAAACUUGAUUUAAAUAAAGUUGUCAUUCAAGGAUGGAGUUAUGGUGGAUUUAUGAGUAUAAGAUGUUUACAAAAAGCACCAAAUGUUUACUUAGGUGCUAUUGCUGGUGGAACUGUAACAGAUUGGUUUAUGUAUGAUACAAUUUAUACUGAAAGAUAUAUGGGUUUACCUUCUUCUGAGGAAUCUGAAUGUCAUUAUACUAAAUCUGGUCUUUUGAAUGAUGUAGAUAAAUUGCCUAGUGAACCAAAUAGAUUAUUACUAGUUCAUGGAAAAUUAGACGAUAAUGUUCAUUAUAAGCAUAUUGAAAAAUUAAUAAAAAAACUAGAAGAAUAUAAUAAACCAUAUGAAUUAGUUCCAUUAAAAAAUGAAAGACAUGGAGUUAAAUCACCUAAAACUGGGGAAAUGCUUGAAAUACGAUACAUUAACUUUUUAAAUAGGCUUUUUUAUGAAAACUAA